AUGUUAUGCCUUCCUCCCAUCCCGUUCCGUCCCAGCCUGUCCCUCCCAUUCCGAACUCUGCUCCUUUUCAAGUUCAGCAGCCAGCCGAGCCACGCCCUCAGUCCCUUCCUUUUACAACUUGAGCUCCUUUCCAAGGUUGCUGAAUCCAUGAAGACGUGCUCCUUUUCAUACGAAGGGAAGGAUGGGUACACUAGGUUCGGGAGGACGAGUUGGUUGAAGGCUAGUAGUUGGAAGAGUCAGAGCAGGAGAAUACUCACUAUGAUCAAUCUUCAUGUAACCUUCCCCCGGAAAACGAAAAACGACGUAUGAGCACCUGCGGACAGCUCCACCGUACGUACGCGUUAUUAGCAGCGUCUAUCGCUAGGGCUGGUAGCUAAGUUAAACCCUAAGGCCCUCCGACUUCCAGCCUCGUCAGCAUGCAGCCGCACAGGAACCGUCGUCCGCCAUGCGACAAUUCCGCCGUCGCAUCGUUCGCCGGAGCCGUCGCAGGGAUGAGUCGCGACGAGAGAGUCGCCAAGCAGCUCCCCUUGGCAACUCAGCAGGAGCAGCAGCAGCAGCAGCAGAAUCAACGAGCGCAAGCUCCGGUGCCUCAGCUUAGCACUCCCCCAUUCCCAAUAGACACAUCGUAUCAGCCUGGAGCCUCUACCCAGCUAUGGCUCCACCAGCCGAAGGUAAACACAGAAGCCAUUCCUACUGAGUCAACGCCAGUCUCACAUGGCCCAAUGCCGGCCACAAUGUCGCAGCGGCCGAGUUUCGCGGCGGGAAUCCAAGAGCCGUCCCUGGAGUGGCCGAGUCGCGCUCAGCAGAAUCCAAACCCUAGCGUCCCGCGGCACGCUGUGGCGCCAGUGGAUUGGGCGCAGCGGGCGGAAGCCGGGUUUGGCGGCUUCGACAGCGGCGCUGGUGGCGCUGAGAUGCGCCAGAGACCGCUUGGUGAGUUUCUGCCUUCCGCGGAGCAAAUCGCUCUGCUCGAACUCCUGGCGCAGCAGCAGCAGCCGCAAGCUCAGUACCUUCCACCACAGCAGCAACGACAGCAGCAGCAGCAGCACCACCACCACCACCAGCAACAACAACAGCAGCAGCAGCAUCAGCAGCAGCAGCAGCAGCAGCAGCAGAUUCCACCCGAUGUGAUCCUGGCACUCCUUCAGCAGGGCUUUCUAGGUCCCUCCGGAAGCCAUGGCGUCAGCAGCCAAUUCAGGCCAGAGCUUCCUGCAUCUGCCGUUCCAUCGCCUGGCAUUGUAGGGCCCGGGGGCGUCAAUGCGCCACCGUUAACAAAUGUGGGGCCUGGGGGCGUCAAUGCGUCGCCAUUCACAAAUGUGCAGCCUGGGGGCGUUAAUGCGCCGCCAUCAACAAAUGUGGGGCCAGGCGCUGCUGCUGCUGCGCCACCAUCUGGGGUUGCGGGGCUUGGGGCGGGCGCUGCGCCAUCGCUAGGACGUGUGGGGCUUGGACCCCAGGAAAGGGCCACCAGCGCCGACAGCAGCAGUGCUCCUGCGGUGAGGCCUCACGCCAAUGCAACUGGCGCCUUGAAUACGGCUGCUGCCAGGGAAACUGCUGCUGGUGCUGCUGCUGCUUUGAUAUCUCCAGCAGCAGCCGGGGACAGAUUGGGCAGCAGCAAAGGGGGGAGUGGAGGCGAAGGAGGAGGAGGAGGAGGAGGAGGAGGAGGGGAAGGGGGAGAGGGUGCUGGAGGGCGGAGGUGUGUGGAGGGUUCCGGUGUGUGGAGUUCCGUUGCGAGGGGGGCUGUCAGCGGGAGGGAGGGAAAGGAGGGUCCUAGUGGGAGGGAGGUGGAGGCAGCCCAACUGGAGGCCAAGCUGAGAGCGAGGUUUGACGCAAACCAACACCCGCCGCAAGACUCCUCUCAACACCCGCCCCAACACACGCUCCAGCACCCGCCCCAACACCCGCCCCAAAACGCGCCGCAAGCCCCUGCUGUGCACCUCGCCCAGCUAGAACCUCCACAUCCGCUUCGCCACCUACCUGUGCAACCCCCCCUUGAAUACGCGGGCCAGGACGCGCCCGAUCAGGCGGAGGUGGAGUGGCGGCCUCGGACCCGGACUCGAUGCGACGCCAGUGCGAUGGAGAGAGGAGUGAUCAAACCCCGGAGCAUGAAGGAGCGACGGAGGCGAGACAAAAUCAGUGAUGGCUUGCGGCAGCUGAGGCAAGCACUCCCUGCCAUGCUGCUGGGGCCACGGCAGGACAUGGCGUCGAUGAUCGAAGCCGCCAUUCACCACAUUGGCAAUCUCGAGUCUCGCAUACAGGAAGCCGAAAUGGAGGGAGAUAAUGAUGGAGAUGGAGAUGGUGGGGAAAGGGAAUCCCAGAAGCAAACGCUGAGUGGGCGUGAGGGGGGUGGGAGUGGGGAGCUGGGUGUGAAGGCAGAGGAAGUGGAAGGGUAUGCAAGCGAAGAAAGAAACCACGAUGUUGAGGAUGAUUUGCAUUUGGACGUAGAUUUUGGCGACUGAAGUUUCCUUUCCAACAUGCAUACAACAAAUACUGUAUGUACCGUGCCGUAGAGUACUGGUGAACAGGGUUGACGUUUCAAAAAAUAGCACCCUGAGCUGUCGAAUGUGGAAAAAAGUGUUGGAAUUUUG